AUGAACUCAGAUUCUUCGAUAUCUCAACAGUCGGCCCGCCUCGAACAACUGUCGAUCCACGAACACGACAACGCUUCAAUAGAAACCGCACAGCCAGCAGAGGAAUCCGACCUUCCCAUACCUCGUGUACCCAAUUCAGGUGGCAUAUCUCCUGAGCUUGCUAUCCCCAACCAAGACGCCGAAUGGUACGCCGACUUCAAGGCGUGGAGAGAACGAAACAGGUCGCCGCUCACUUGGCUGCACCAACGCCGUCCCGCUUACAAUGCUUCUGAUUUCAAUCGAUUUGUCUGCUACGCCCUCAACAAGCUACAAGAACCUCUGAAGCCCCUCCCUGGUCGUGAAAACGAUUUCUUUCGCUCCGAGUCGCUGGAAUCUAUAGAAAUAUGCGAGGUGUACGAUACGUGGGAUGAAGUCGCGUUAACGUGUAUCAGCAUCGCGGCUUGGAAACACCGAGGGGUUUCUGGGGAUGUGAUUUAUACUUUAGAAGCGAACGUGGUAUGUUAUGGUACUGACCAAGAUCCGACAUGGUCGCGAGAUCCUAUUGAUGGACUGGAAGUUUCUAUCAUAGCAGAAUGGAUCAACGAUGACAAGAAUACUCUGUCCCAGAACGACGAGGAGAAUAAAUGGGAUAGGCUGGACUUCAAUGGGGCAUUACUUCUGCUUCGGAGGGCUGCGAAGAAGAAGUUUAAGAAGAAUGGGCGACGGCGGGGUGCUAGGGAAGCAGAAGCGUCGCCAACUCUGGGUGAUUCAGGCUUGACGGUGUGGGGCUUGAUGCCUGGUCAGCUUGAAGUGCCUCGACAAGCUCCAAAGUCUUCCGAGAAAGGGGAUUUCGGUGAAAAUGAUAUACUUCCAAAGGUUCAGAAACUUGUGGAAAUAGACAAGUCUGGUUAUCUCGAUGUGUCAGCAAACGAUCAGGGCUCUUCGUCUGCGGGAAGCUCAUCCCAAGCUGAAGGCUCUUCAGCUCUACAGAAUUUUAUGGACACCGAAAUGACUGGGUGCGAUGUUCCAUUGACAACUCCCAGUGUCUUCGAUAAUGUUUGA